CAAAACGUGAGUGUGUUUUCGGUGUUCGUGUGUGUUGUGUUGCCGAAUUUUGAAAGGUUAUGAAGACAUCGUCAGUUAUUGCCUGUAAAGGUUUUACAGACUUUCGUGGUCGUAAUAGGAUCAAUAUUUUUACUUCACAUAGAUUUUCGUAAUAUUAUACGUGAAAAUGCCUACGUUUCAGGAAUCAUGUGCAGAGCAAAUACAGGCGCAGACUAUUAUUGUCAUUCACCCCGGCUCAUUAUUUUUACGAAUGGGACGAGCAUCAGAUUUAAAUCCCCACACAAUUUUGCACGCAAUCGCUAGGAAGCGAUUGCCUGGGGGUGUUGUGCAUCGUGAUCCCUUCCUUCCUCCACAAGUUUCCAAAAGUAAAGAGCUGUUACAAGAAAUGGAAGAAUCACGACUUCAAGUUUCUCAUACUCUGCAGUCAUGUUUGCAAUCGGAUGGCCGAAGACGUUAUGCCACCCCACCACAACAAAUUGCUGCCUUCAAUAGACGCUCCAACCCUGAAACUAUCAGCACAACAGGAGGCGAAUGGGUGAAACCAGAAGGAGAUAUAGUUGUUGGUGAUGAGGUGUUAUACCUAAAUCCCAACUUAGACUAUAAUAUUCACUUUCCAUAUAGACGUGGUGAUUUACAUCUGCAUGGAGGACCUGGUGGGUCAUUGACAGGUGUGCUGUCAAAUCUUGAAACAAUUUGGAGUUGGGUCAUCAAACAUCGUUUGGAAAUUCCUCUGAAGAAUCUUAGGCAUUAUCGUGCUGUAUUGGUCAUACCUGAUAUUUAUAAUAGGCAAUAUUUAAAGGAACUAACAACUUUACUUCUAUGCAGAAUUGGAUUUGGUGGCUGCUUUUUAGUGCAGGAUCAUGUUGCUGCAACUUUUGGUGCUGGCCUUGGAUAUGCCUGUGUGAUAGACAUUGGUGAUCAGAAAACAUCUGUUUCCUGUGUUGAAGAUGGAAUUUCACACCGAAAUACUAGGGUUCGCAUGGACUAUGGAGGUGCUGAUAUAACUCAGACGUUCCACUGGUUGCUCCAGAAAUGUGCAUUUCCUUAUAAGACCUGUGACCCAAGCAAUAAGUUGGAUGCAAUGUUAUUGCGACAACUAAAAGAAACAUUCUGUCAUGUUAAUUUGGAUAUAUGUGGUUCUCAAGAGAAGAAUUUUGUUGUACGUCAGCCCAAGGUUCCUACAAUGAAAUACACACUUCAAGUUGGAGAUGAGUGUAUAGUAGCUCCAUUAAGUUUGUUUCAACCAGAAUUGUUUGGGGUAACAGGGACGAAGUCUGUGCAUGUCCAGAAGCGCUAUUCAGGAGACCCCGAAGAUCCACAUGAUGACAGCUAUCUUCGGGAAACAAGUCGCCGGGGACCCAAGGAGGCCCUGGAACCCCUUGCUGGAGGAGCUGCUGACAUGGAGGGUGCGGGGCUGGAUAUUAGUGGUGUAGGAGGGCCUGGUGGUGAUGAAGACAUUGUGGUAGAUGCCAUUGACGUGGCAGCACCAGCCGGAGGGAGGGAUGUAGAAGCUAAAGACUUCCUCCUUGGGCCAGGUCAAAUUCUGGGCCUUGACCAGGCAGUUCUGCAGAGCAUAGACAGAUGUCCCUCUGAAGACCUGAAAAGGAAGAUGUACGGAUGUAUUUUGGUAGUUGGAGGUGGAAUGAAGUUUGUUGGUAUAGGUACCUGGUUGCAGAAUAGGAUAUCAUUGCAGAUUCCAUACAUGUACAGAGCUGAACAACUGGACAUAGUCACUGCUCCGAAGGAAAUGGACCCACAGAUCACACAGUGGAAGGGUGCUGCCAUUAUGUCAUGUUUAGAGUCUGCUCAGGAGCUGUGGAUCUAUCCAUUGGAGUGGGGGAAAAUUGGCCUGAAACUUUUAAGGGAACGAGCUCCAUUUAUGUGGUGAUAUUCUUCAUUUGCUACAUGUUACGUUUUAGUAACAAGAUGAAACAAAGUGUUUUUAUUUGUUGUAUAUUUGAGGUGUGUUUUCUUGCUGUGUUGUUUGUUUUUUAAUAAAAAUUAACAUAUUAAAUUUUUUUUAAAAUACUUAAUGUACCAUAAUCUCUAUAUAUAAAAAUGUAUGUUGAUAUUUAUAAAAGUGGCCAACUCUCACAGAGGUCAGUCACCCAGUGUCAAAGUUGGCACAUUGUGUUUUUCACCAAGAAGGUUUAUGUGCUGUUAAUUUUGUUGUAACUCUACUAGAUAAUGCUGCAGAAC